GAUAGCGUCGCAGUCGAAGAAGACUAUAGGCACCGCUGUUAGCUUCAUACUAUGCAGUAGUUACCCCAAUGCUACCAAAAUAACACUAAUGAUUAUUCUUAUUAUUGACUGGAAAUGGGCAAGAGAGACAAUCGAGUGGCAUACAUAAACCCCAUUGCAGCUGCUCGAUCCAGGGGGCCGGUCCAGAACUCCGGACCAACUAUACAGGAUUACCUAAGCAGACCUCGUCCAACAUGGGAAGAGCUGAAGGAGCAGCUGGAGAAGAAGAAGAAGGGGUCUCGAGCCCUGGCUGACUUUGAAGACAAAAUGAACGAGAGAUGGAGGAAAGAGCUGGCUAAAAACCGAGAAAAAAAGCUUGGGGACAAAGAACGGGAUAAAAGAUCAACGGACAGAGAGGACAAGAAAGACAAAAAAGAGAAAAAGAAGAAAGAGAAGAAGAAGUCUAGCAGGCAUUCUUCAUCUUCCUCCUCCUCAUCGAGUUCUGAUUCCUCCAGCAGUUCUUCUUCAGACUCUGAAGAUGAGGACGAAAAGAAGAGCAUAAAGAAAAAACGGAAGCGGAAGAGAUCCUCCGCCAAGAGACCGUCAGAAAGUUCGGAUGAAGAUUCGGAUGCUGAGAGCAAGAGAAGGAAGCAAAUCAGGGAAGACGGAGAGAAAGAUAAGGAUGAAAAGGAAGGUAAAAGGAAAAGGAAAGCUGAGAGGAGUCACAGAGACUCAUCGUCAGAGUCCUCUGUUGGCUCAGAUUGGGAUGAGGCUGAAGCCAAGAAGAAAAAGAGAAGUAGUGAGGAGAGGGAGAGAUUCGCUGUGAAAUCCAAGAAGAAGAGGAAAAAGAAGCACAAGAAGCACGGCAGAAAGAAGAAAAAGAAGGCCACGUCUCAGUCGGACUCUGAGCUUGACUGAAAACCGUUUCUUUGAAGCGCUACAUUUUUUUUCCCCUUCACACUUCAUCAGUGUCUUUUGCCUUUGAUGAUGAAAAACAUUUUCUCAUGCAGCUGCGUCUAUCUGGAUUGAACGAGAUGAGGGAAAUGCUGGUACAUCAAUGGUCCUUCCCAGCAAUGCUUUUUCAUAGAUUAAGAUUCCCUCACCAACAGGACUGCACUGCUUUUCCUUUUUUGUAUUUAUCCCAUGCAUCUGACACCAAGUCAGUGUGCUUUUCGCCCUGACUUCAUACCUCACAUCUCCCAGCGCUACACGAGGCUGCUCUGCCAGUGCCUGUGUCAUGCAUGUAGACACUGAUGUCUCGCCAGCCUCACAUUGAAGUUGGAUCUGUUAUAGGAUGUUAGCCACACAGGUGAUAGUAAACUCCACAGAUUGUUUUGUUCAACGAGGUGUUACAUUGCAGCGUAAAUGUAUAAAUUACAGGAAUUCAAUAAAAGUGUUGUUUUAGCUUUUUUU